ACGGCCCAUAUCCAGCGAAAACAGCGCUAUCAGAGGCGCCAGAUAUGCUAUUGAAUCCUAUCACUGGAAGUACGCACUGGCAGACGAUAAGCGCUGGCAGACGGCCGAUAGCGCGGGAAGGACCAACAAACGGUGUAGGGCGCGUUUGGGCAGGAAACGAGGACGAACGGGGCCGAAUACUUGGUCCCAAAGAAAACACGACAGUGUAUCGAGAAAAAAGAAGAGAUAGAAGGAAGAACAUUUGAAGAUUUCCUUUAAAACGGACAUGGAUAGUUAGACAUUAUUAAAAGGUCAUUCAAACGAGUUCGUGUUUAUAGGAUAUCAGGUAUCGCAGUUUGUGGAGGAUAUAACACCAAGGGGAUUGUGGUAAUUGUAAGUAUGGGGGCUGCGACAUACACACUGACGACCCUGGUAAGUGUUGCAUAGCUUAUGACCGAGAAUUGUAUUUAAUAAUAUGAAUAUACCAGAUAGCUGUUUAUUUUAUAGAUACAAGUACACUAACAGCAUGACACAUAUUAAGACUUUACAAUGGCAUCUAAGUAUUUAAAUGACACACGCUGAUACUAUAAUCAAGCUAUAUGUAUGGCAUUGAAUUCAAUUGGUUUCUUAUUUCAUGUGUGUUUGUUAAUGACAAAUCUUAUUUCCAGGCGGCAAUUUUGACGCGGACCGGAUACAGCUUGUCGCUUUCGGUACAGGACUUGGUCGCGAGCGGGCUAGGUUUCAUACGCGCCGAUUUAAUACGACAAAUAUUCAUUCUGACCGAAAAAGCUCCGAAAUAUUAUAUUAUAUGUCUUAAUAAACCUUUUGUUACAGGUACGAGGUAUUUAUUAUGGCUGGUAUAUAUAAUUGCAUAUGUGGUGUUAUUUUUCUAGUUCCUACUUCUCCAACCACCGUGGUUCCUCUCCAUCAGCGUUCCGACAUCGAAUGUCUCCCUGACGUCAUUUCCGUAUACCUCCCAAAGUCGCUCCUCCCCGAAGAACGCAAUAUUACGUGGCGAGAGGAUGCAUGUGACGUCACAUUUAACGGAACCCACUACGUCACCACAAUCUCCCUGUCCGAGUGCGGUACCACCGUCAGCAUCGACAACACCACCGUCACGUUCACUAACGAGCUAGUGGUUCACAAGAUGUCGACAGACAACGCAGCGAGAGACGCCGAUGACGUCAUCAUCUUUGGCUCGAGCUACGAAACCGUGAUUCCGGUACAUUGCGUUUAUCCCCGUUUUAACAACGUCUCUUCGGCGUACAUUCCCGUGAAGCAGAACAUACGGUUCUUCGAGAAGCGUUUUGGCGAGUUGGACAUAUCCAUGGAUCAGUUCGAUUCGGAGGCUUUCGCCCGGCCGCUGUCAUUAGAUGGCGCCCCGCGCAAGGUGCCGCUGGACGAGGACUUGUACAUCCGGGUUGGCCUGAGCAACCGGCCGUCCGAGGUGCGGGUUCGAGCUGACCAGUGCAUUGCCACGGCCUCCUCCAACCCAGCCGACCGGAACUGGCGUCAGCUGAUUGAUGAGGGAUGCGCAGUAAACGGUGUACGUCUGCUUUCCAACGACUCCGACGGCGACGUCAGAUUCGCGUUGAAGGCGUUUGACUUCCGGCACAACGCUUCCGGUUUCGUGUUUCUGCACUGCCAGGUGUCCGUGUGCGGAGUGGCAGACGACAGUUGUAGGAUGGGCUGCCUCACACGCAGCAGACGAGCGGUCAAUGGCGGGAAGAGUUCACAUCUGGUGUCUACCGGACCGUUCUAUGUAGAGAGGGAGCAGGAAGCACAUAAACAAAUUGUUACCAUGCCAACCGUGUUUGCAACAGUGUGUCUUCUCAUUGCUAUGGUAGCAGUGGUGGUUGCUAUCGUGGGAUGGACAAGGCGGCAUCAUGGCAACCAAAAGAUGUAAAAAAAACCAGCACGACUCCUGACAAGGACAUCAAACUUAUUCGUCCUGUUUAUUAUAAUAUCGAGCUAAACAUUUCAACAGUUAUCUGGUGAUUAAAGGCAUGAUUUUGUCAAAGAAAACGAGGAGCGAUUAUUUAAAUGUAUGUGGAGAAUUUAAAAAAGCUAAUCUAUAGAAGUACAAAAUGGUUUAUAAUUUAUAGUUUACGUAUUAUUUUUUAUAAAUAUUUGUAUUUAUUGUUAGUCAGCUUUUUACAUAGACGUUCAUGUUGUGAUCAUAAUACUUAGCAGUUUUUAUUUUAGACAUACAGGCAUAAAUUAUAUGCAAUUCUUAGCUUAGUUUCCUUUCUCAAUGUGAAUACAGUGAUAUUUUGAUUUAAAAAAAACACAAAGCUCACACGAAUUGUUGUUAACAAGUAUAGUAUAGUAAUUAUAUACAUGUAUUUCAGUGUGGAAGGGACAUACUGUUUGGUUCAGUCUCGUCCAACAUAUUAUACAGUACUGAAAUAGUCUAAUAAAUGAGACCUUUGA